AGAUUCGACUACCCCACCCCAUCAGGUUGCAAGGAUCGAGUUGGAAAGUGGGAUUAAUUAGCAUCUCGCUACCAGAUGUGAAAGUUCAUUUCCCCAACUUGGUCAAUGGUAACGACAUCCUGUUUACCAUGGAUUGGAUCCUGAAAUACCCUUCUGGUGUGUUAAAGUUUGGUAGAGCCCACUAUGAUCCAAAAGAUCUCGGAGCCGUGGUACAGUACAUUGAUGGUGUUGGUUUCAUGAAAAGAUGGUGACUUUUUUCGAACAGAGGCGCAUCUUAAAUUACCAAGGACCCCAUCUCGGUAGCAUCUAUACAGCAUCCAAUGGAAAGAGAAUGUACGUGGGAUGGAGAUGAUCUGCUAACGGAUAACAAAUCCACACACGUAUGCCCCAAUUACUCACCAGCAUUGAAGAUCAAUAAAAUGUUGGCCUUAAAGAUGGCAUGGUUGAAGGAGAGAAACCCUGAAAAUUAUGACUUGGGACCCAAUUUAUGUCAAGAGUUUUUUACCGACACGGUACCCAAUUUAGAAACCAUGACACACGAUCUGAAAAACGACAGGGGUGAGCCUGUGUUUUGGCUGAUAGCAGAAGACCUUUUUCAUCUGAGUGUUACUUGCAAUUGGCACUUCACGAAUCUCAACAAAGCCUUUCAAAACCUGGUGGGCUCGACGUCACGUUCCUUGUUUAUCUAUUCUGAUGUGGGAGGAAGUUCUGAGGUGGGAAAUCAAGUCACGGAUCUAUUGCGAGAGGUCAAUUAUCGACGAACAGGGGAUGGAAGUCAUUACUUUGAACCGCUCCACGUUCAAUAUAUUCUGUUGCGCAAGGCCCAGUUGGACAUUAUUGAGACGCAAGUGUCGGAGACCACAGGUGAAUUGACCGAAUUUGGUGAAGGAAACACGAUUCUCACCCAUCACUUCAAACGAGCAUGAAAGGUGGAAGUUUAACACGAUUCAAACCUGCCCCACAAGGUGGAGGUGGCUUUGUUCAUGAACUGCUGAAAGCGAGUGUUAGAGGAGGUCUGAAAGGGUUAAAAAGCGGUCGCGGCGCUCGAGAUCGCAUUCGAAAGGCGAAAGAGGGUGCGAAACGGAGUGUUAAACAAGCAGUGAAACAUAAAGCUUAUGAAGUCCUAGAUAGAAACAUCAAGUGAAAAUUCAACGACAUCUUCAGUGAAUAAUGAAUUCCAUCUACUCCAGAGGCUUGAGACUCAUCAAAUCUAGAAAGGGGUUGUCAACGUCAUGUUGUGAAGGGUUCCCAAAAACCUCCAAACGUCGACAAAAGGUACAAAAAGGCGGAUGGAUUGGUCCUGAUGUCAGUAAACCUGUUGGCUACGAUUGGGUUCACAUCUUAGCGAGAAGACAACAGAGAAGAAGAAGAAAAAUAUGAUGGAUACCUUGGUGGACGGUGGCUUGUUACAUCCGGGUUCCAAAUCAGUCCUGAGUCCUCAACUGAACCUGUUCACCGUUCCACCCACUGAUCUCAGCAUGUCUAGUUAUCGCAUUGUACCCAUUCAGACCUACACGACAGGCAUCAACCCCGUGGAAUUCCAAGUGGAUCCUCAAGAAGAUUGUGUGGAUCUCAGUCGAAGUUUCUUUGAGAUUGAGUUGGCACUCAAACUGGCGAAUGGUGAUAAUGUAGUCCAAGCCACGAGACUCUGGCCCAUGAACAAUUUGGCCCACACUUUGUUCAAACAGAUCAGUGUGAGACUCAAUGGUACCUUGAUCAGUCCUCAGACCGACACUUAUCACUACAAAGCAUACCUGGAAACAUUGCUCAACUACAACAGAGAUGAUGGAGAAACUGUGCUAAAACCUCAAGGUUGGUACAAUGCCCUGGACUUUCCAGCGCAAUUGACUGUGAACAACAGAAACACGGAAGGAGAUGGGCAUGAGGUUUUCCAAGCAUUGUCCUCCAACCAACAAGCUUCAGUGCAACUCAUGAAAGCAGAACAAGGCAAUUACAUGGAUGGAAAAUGACACAUGCUAAGGUUCACACCCCCCAUUGAGGUGUUCCACUUAAAAAAAUUGCUUGUACCUGGUGUGCAGACUGGAAUCCAGAUGUACUUCAAUUCUCCCAAUUUGUUCUUGAAUGGUGUGGACGUAGCUGGAAGAUUGACACACGAGGUCAAAGUGAGAAUGUACCUGUGUCAAGUAAGGCUCAACCCCAGUGUCUACCGAGAGUUGAUGACGAAAAUGAAUGUCAACAGAACCAUAGUGGCUUACCCGACCGUGAGGAGUGAAAUCAGGACCUUCAACAUGCAAAGGAACCUGCAAAGAUACGAGUGCAACAAUUUAUUUCAAGGCAGAAUUCCUAACAGAGUCAUCGUUGGGCUUGUGCUUUCAGAAGCCUUCAAUGGUACUG